CUGACCAGUAAAAUCAAUUUAGCGGCAGAAACAGUCUAACAGGAUUUAACGCGUUUUCCUAUGAUAAAGUUGGUUCCUCAUCGGCACCGGUAAGACUCUGAGGUGGAGUUACCAUCAUGGCUGCCACGGUAGUGAAGCUGGCGGUGAUCCCAGCAGCAAUGGGAUUGGCCUCAUUUCGAGUUUAUGCCAUGAGUCAGUACAAAACAGAGACUGUGCUGCUCUCCCCUAGAGAGUUGUCCAUCUAUGCUCCAGACCCUACAACAAUGCACUACAUGAAUGAGCAGCCUGGAGCUCUGCAGAACGGGCUCGGUGUGGUCCGGGUGGGGCUGCAACCAUACGUUACUGCCGUUAAGAAUGCUUAUACCUCUGUCAAGGUCGGAGCUGUAACAGUCUAUACUGCUGGACACGAUACAUAUGAGUUCCUGAGAGAUCCUUCUCCUGGUUUUAUGCCGAGGGUCGGUGUAAUCACAGUCUCUGGGUUAGCGGGUCUGAUCCUGGCAAGGAAAGGGUCACGUCUGAUGAGGCUGGGGGUUCCUCUGGGUAUGGCCACUGUAGGCACUUCCGUGUGCUACCCCACUCAGACAGUGGGUGUUGUAAAGAUCACGGGGCAGAAGAUGUAUGCAGCAAGCCAGUACACUACAUCAUCUAUGGCAUCCAUAUUUAAAUCAAAGCCCAAAGAAGUAACCCCCCCAACUGUCAGUCUUGAGCAAGCCGCCCAAGCUACCAUCCCUGAACCAGAAGUAUCAGAGGCAAAGACCCUCCCUGAAGCUGAAUCAUCUGAACCAGCCACGCCUGCUGUUGACAAGGCUUCCCCCACUGAACCUAGUUCUGCCUCAGGCCCCGUAGAAGGUGCUCCAUCUGUGGUCGAACCUGCCCCUCAGUCCACCACAGAGGUGGCCCCUGCAGAGGGUUCUAUUGACACUGAGCCUACUGCAGCUGAACCUGAGGCAGUCACAGUGGUGGAGCAAGAGGCUGUUCAGACGGCCCUUGUGCCUGCCCCUGCACCUCCUGUUGAGGAAGCUGCUGAAGAGAUUCCUGCACCUGCCCCUGUUGAGGCUGUCCCUGUACCUCCCCCAGCAGCGGAAGUUAUUCCUCUCCCACCUCCUGCUGAAGAGACAGAGCUUCCACCCCCUGCACCUGUUGAGGAUGCUGUUCCUUCACCCCCUGCACCUGUUGAGGCUGCUGCUCCUUCACCCCCUGCACCUGUUGAGGAGGAUGCUGCUCCUUCACCCCCUGCACCUGUUGAGGAGGAUGCUGCUCCUUCACCCCCUGCACCUGUUGAGGAGGAUGCUGCUCCUUCACCCCCUGCACCUGUUGAGGAGAAUGCUGCUCCUUCACCCCCUGCACCUGUUGAGGAGGAUGCUGCUCCUUCACCCCCGGUAGCAGAAGAGGCUGCCCCUGCACCUAUAGAGGGGGUUGCUGACCCACCUCCUGUAGCUGAAGAGACUGCACCUGCUCCUGUUGACGAGGCUACUCCUCCAGCUACAACAGAGGAGCCAUCUGGGAUUGUAACAAAAACUGCUGGGAAACUCAAAUUUGCACCAGACCCUAAGUUAAUUGACCUUGGCCAGGCCAACCCUGAGGAUGCGGACCUGUACAGCACGCGUGGAUGAAGAAUGACAGGAGGAGAAGAUCUGGAAAGCAGCACGUCCUCCCUCUACACAAAGGAGAAGAUCCUUUUGACUUAGAAAACUACCCUCCAAUUUCCAAGUUCUCACCUUUCCAAAGUUUUAGAAUCCCUGGCCAACUCUCAGCUAAGAACUUGUUUUACUUCUCAUUCUAUUUUAAAUGUGCAACAAUCUGGUUUUAGACCGUUUCAGCUGCUACGCUUGUUUUAUAGCAUGUGUUAAAUUGUUUCUAGAUGAUGUGUUAAAUUGCUUAGAUCAUAAAAACCAUUGUGCUGCCUUAUUUAUAGACCUUUCCAAGGCCUUCGACAUUACAUUCUCAUUCAAAGGGUGAUUGAAAUAUUUCUGGAUCAGGCUUCUUGCUAGUGGUUUGAGAAUUACCUGUCAGAUAGGACACAAUGCCUGAUUUCUGAUGGUGUCAAGUUUAGUUUAACUAAAGGUGUACUGCAGAGGUCUGUAUUGGGACCUGUUCUUUUGACUAUUUAUAUAAAUAAUAUUGGUCUAUCAGUUAAAACUUUAUGCAGACGACACUGUUAUGUAUGCCAUUGCCCCAACUGUUGACAAGGCUAUGUUAGAGCUGCAAUCUGUUGCCUUUCAGAAGGCCCUGGUUGGUUUAAAAUGUGUACUUAAUGCAGGCAAAACUAAAUAUACUGUAUGUUGUUCUCUAAUUCUUGCAAAAUGUUUCUAAUGAACUACAUAUUUAUUCAUUGGAUGGUACUUCCAUAGAUCGGGUUCCCGCCUAUAAAUAUCUGGGCAUUUGUAUUGACAAAGAUUUAAUGUUUAAAAAACAUACGGAUGAGCAAGUUAAAAGCUCUCCCUAAAUAACAGGUAGCAGAUUGUAUAGUCAUCUUUCCUGACAGUUCUUCACAAUGGUGACACCAUUUACCAGAUUGCAGCAGUUACUAUUCUUAAGCUUUGGAUGUCGUCUACCAUAGCGCCCUUCACUUUAUCACAGAUGACAUUUUUAAUACUCACUACUGCAUCCUGUAUCAAAAAGUUCUCUGGUCCUCAUUAAAGUCCCGUAUAUCACUUCAUUAUUCCCUUUUCGUUUGCAAAGCUCUACUACACAAGCUUCUGAUCUACCUAAAUUUGGUGUUAAAAUGGAAAUACCAAACCAGUUCACAAGGUUGGCAAACUCUUGAGGUUCCUCGGUUCUACACCGAACUAUGUAAAUCCAAUUUUUAUUUUUAAAGCACCUCUGCUGGAACCAACUACAAAAUCCAUCAGAAUUGGAUGUUCUUGUGCCGCUGAGGCAAUUAAAAAUAUUGAUUGGGGACCAUACUGAGCAAUGUAAUUGUUUUUCUUGAAUAUUUGUGUUGUGCUGUAUUUUACUUGUUUUUAUAUUAUAGUUGAUUUUUGAGUUUCUUAUUCAAUUGUAUAUGCAGGGUUCCCUUGUGAAAGAGACCCUUGUCUCAAUGGUGACUCCCUGCUUUAAUAAAGGUUAAAAAAGUG